AGACCAGGCAGGAUGGCCUGGGAUGGCCUCUGCUUCCUCGGGGUUUAUUUUAGAGCCUCUCUUGUGAGUUGCGGGAUGCCUUGACCCUCUCCUCAUCCUAAUGUGUAUCUCUUUGCUUUGGCCCUGGGAACAUUGGAAAUCACAUUUAUGGAUGGGCAGGGUGGCUCAUGCCUAUAAUCCCAGCAUUUUGGGAGGCCAAGGCAGGAGGAUCGCUUGAGGCCAGGAGUUUGGGACCAGCCUGGGCAACAUAGCAAGACCCCAUCUCUACAAAAAAGAAAAAAAUUAGUUGGGCGUGGUGGUGUGUGCCUGUCGUCCCUGCUACCCAGGAGGCUGAGGCUGGAGGGUUGAUUGAGCUCAGGAGUUGGAGGCUGCAGUGAGCUGUGAUCGAGCCACUGCGCUGCAGCCUGGGUGAAUUGAACAAAGUGAGACCCUGUCUCUAAAAAAGGAAACAACACUUACGCAAUCGGGUAAUCCCAAAUAGAAGUAUGUCCUGGGUGGCAGGUCACAGGUGGCAGGUUCCAGCCACUGUGAUACGGCAGGAAGUAAGGAUGAUAGUCCCCGCCCUCAGGGAGGGAACUGCCUCUGGGGGAAGACAGAGGCAUGAAAUCCACAAGGAGGCUGGCAGAUCUGUUUCCAAGGGGUUGUGGGUGGUCACAGGUCACUUGGGGCCUGCUUGGGUAGUGUGGCUGUUGGAGACUUCUCUGGGGCCCAGGGAGGCCUGAGGUGGGAGUGAAGGAGGAGGGCUCUAGGAGGCCUGGGAGUUCGUGCCUGAGGGGCCAGGCGGGAAAGGGGCAGGCUCAGGGAUGUGACCAGGGAGAAGUUUGUCUGUUCUGGAGAGUGAGGUGGAGUGGGGGCGCCGGCCUCAUCGCCGUAGCUGAGUAGGGAUUGUGUGUCCAUUUUACAGAGUUGCAAACUGAGGCCCUGAGAACGGCACUGCCUUGCUGGGGAUGCUGGGGGUUCCCAGCUGCCCCGCCCAGCCUGGGAGGAGGGGCUUUGGGUGCCGUUGAGUCCUGUGGUGGGCAGGAGCCGUUGGCUGGCAUCCGGGCCUGGGUGCUGCUGGGCGGGUUUCACAAGCCCGGGCAGGGGCCGGCCUGCGCCGCUCGGCUUCCGUGCAGCCUGGGGCAGGAAGAGCUGGCGGCUGAUGUAAGCUCUUGCGCAAACCCUGGCUGCUGGCUUCCGGAGCCUUCUACCCACCCGCCUGCCACAGCAAGGCGGAAGCCCGGGGCUCGGCAGGGCUUGGAGGCCCUGCUGCCCCGGCUUGGGCCACAUGGAUGGACUGACUGGCCACCGAGGCCCUGGGGCCCGAGGGCUUGGCGCUGGAGUCCGGCGAGACCUUCUUGGGCAGUUUUGUGGCCAGCGGGAUGGGGCCCUCGGCCUCGUCUCAUGGGAGCCCGGUGCCACUGCCCUCUGACCUCUCCUUCCGCUCCCCAACCCCUAGCAACCUGCCCAUGGUGCAGCUGUGGGCUGCCCACGCCCAUGAAGGCUUCUCCCACCUGCCCAGCGGCCUAUACCCAUCCUACCUCCACCUGAACCACCUGGAGCCCCCCAGCAGUGGGAGCCCGCUCCUCAGCCAGCUGGGUCAGCCCAGCAUUUUCGAUACCCAGAAAGGUCAGGGGCCAGGAGGAGACGGUUUCUACCUGCCCACCGCGGGGGCUCCGGGCUCCCUGCACUCUCACGCACCCUCGGCCCGGACCCCUGGCGGCGGCCACUCCUCGGGCGCCCCGGCCAAAGGCUCGUCGUCGCGGGACGGUCCAGCCAAGGAGCGGGCGGGCCGCGGCGCUGAGCCGCCUCUGCUGUUCGGCAAGAAGGACCCGCGCGCCAGGGGCGAGGAGGCCUCGGGGCCACGGGGCGUGGUGGACCUGACCCAGGAGGCGCGCGCCGAGGGCCGCCAGGACCGGGGGCCCCCGCGCCUGGCUGAGCGCCUGUCGCCCUUCCUGGCUGAGUCCAAGACCAAGAAUGCGGCGCUGCAGCCGUCGGUACUGACCAUGUGCAACGGCGGCGCCGGGGACGCGGGGCUGCCCGCGCUGGUGGCCGAAGCGGGGCGCGGGGGCGCCAAGGAGGCUGCCCGGCAGGACGAGGGCGCGCGGCUGCUGCGGCGCACGGAGACCCUGCUGCCCGGGCCACGCCCCUGCCCCUCACCGCUGCCCCCGCCGUCCGCGCCCCCCAAGGGGCCUCCCACACUCCCCGCGGCCACCCCCGCUGGCGUCUACACCGUCUUCCGCGAGCAGGGCCGCGAGCACCGCGUGGUGGCGCCCACCUUCGUGCCUUCCGUGGAGGCCUUCGACGAACGCCCGGGGCCCAUCCAGAUCGCGUCCCAGGCGCGCGAUGCCCGGGCCCGCGAGCGCGAGGCUGGGAGGCCAGGGGUCCUGCAGGCGCCCCCCGGCUCCCCGCGACCUCUGGACCGGCCUGAGGGCCUGCGCGAGAAGAACUCAGUCAUCCGCUCUCUCAAGCGGCCGCCCCCCGCAGAUGCCCCCACGGUGCGGGCCGCACGCGCCUCCCCGGACCCCCGCGCCUACUUGCCUGCCAAGGAGCUGCUCAAGCCCGAGGCGGACCCGAGGCCCUGCGAGCGUGCGCCCCGCGGCCCAGCCGGUCCUGCAGCCCAACAGGCCGCCAAGCUCUUCGGCCUGGAGCCCGGGCGCCCCCCGCCCACCGGCCCUGACCAUAAAUGGAAACCCUUCGAGCUGGGCAACUUCGCCACCACGCAGAUGGCCGUGCUGGCCGCGCAGCACCACCACAGCCGCGCCGAAGAGGAGGCCGCCGUGGUCGCUGCCUCCUCCUCCAAGAAGGCCUACCUGGACCCUGGGGCUGUGCUGCCCCGCUCAGCGGCCACCUGCGGCCGGCCCGUCGCUGACAUGCACUCUGCAGCCCACGGGCCUGGAGAGGCCUCGGCCAUGCAGAGCCUUAUAAAGUACAGUGGCAGCUUUGCCCGGGAGGCCGUGGCCGUGCGCCCUGGUGGCUGUGGCAAGAAGAGCCCCUUUGGAGGUUUGGGCACCAUGAAACCCGAGCCUGCGCCCACCUCUGCGGGUGCCUCCCGAGCCCAGGCCCGACUCCCACACUCCGGAGGCCCUGCAGCGGGCGGCGGCCGGCAGCUGAAGCGGGACCCCGAGAGGCCUGAGAGCGCCAAGGCUUUCGGGCGCGAGGGCUCUGGUGCCCAGGGUGAGGCAGAAGUGCGACACCCGCCUGUGGGCAUUGCAGUGGCUGUGGCCCGGCAGAAGGACAGUGGCGGCAGUGGCCGGCUGGGGCCUGGGCUAGCAGACCAGGAACGCUCUCUGUCGCUGAGUAACGUCAAAGGGCACGGCCGAGCAGAUGAGGACUGUGUGGACGACCGGGCCAGACACCGGGAGGAGCGGCUACUCGGGGCGCGGCUGGACCGGGAUCAGGAGAAGCUGCUCAGAGAGAGCAAGGAGCUGGCUGACCUGGCCCGCCUGCACCCUACUAGCUGUGCUCCUAACGGCCUGAACCCCAACCUCAUGGUGACGGGGGGCCCGGCCCUGGCGGGCUCAGGUCGCUGGUCUGCCGACCCUGCAGCCCAUCUGGCCACGCACCCCUGGUUGCCCCGCUCGGGCAGCACAUCCAUGUGGCUCGCCGGACACCCCUACGGCUUGGGCCCCCCAUCUCUGCACCAGGGCAUGGCCCCUGCAUUCCCACCCGGCCUGGGGGGCUCCCUGCCGUCAGCCUACCAGUUCGUCAGGGACCCCCAAUCGGGCCAGCUGGUGGUCAUUCCCAGUGAUCACCUGCCUCACUUUGCGGAGCUGAUGGAGCGGGCCACUGUACCGCCCCUCUGGCCCGCCCUGUACCCGCCGGGCCGCAGCCCCCUGCACCACGCCCAGCAGCUGCAGCUCUUCUCACAGCAGCACUUCCUGCGGCAGCAGGAGUUCCUGUACCUGCAGCAGCAGGCAGCGCAGGCCUUGGAACUGCAGAGGAGCGCCCAGCUGGUGCAGGAGCGGUUGAAGGCGCAGGAGCACCGGGCGGAGAUGGAAGAGAAGGGGAGCAAGCGGGGCCUGGAGGCUGCAGGCAAGGCUGGCCUGGCCACCGCCGGCCCCGGGCUGCUGCCACGGAAGCCCCCCGGCCUGACCGCCGGCCCUGCGGGCACCUACGGCAAGGCCGUGAGCCCACCACCAUCACCCCGUGCAUCCCCUGUGGCUUCCCUGAAGGCCAAGGUCAUCCAGAAGCUGGAGGACGUGUCCAAGCCACCCGCCUACGCCUACCCCGCCACCCCCAGCUCCCACCCCACCAGCCCGCCACCCGCCUCCCCGCCGCCCACCCCGGGUAUCACCCGCAAGGAGGAGGCUCCCGAGAAUGUGGUCGAGAAGAAAGACUUGGAGUUGGAGAAGGAAGCCCCCAGCCCCUUCCAGGCCCUGUUCUCAGAUAUCCCGCCCAGGUACCCGUUCCAAGCUCUGCCACCGCACUACGGGAGGCCCUACCCUUUCCUGCUGCAGCCCACGGCGGCCGCCGACGCGGACGGCCUGGCCCCCGAUGUGCCGCUCCCGGCUGAUAGGCCCGAGCGCCUGGCACUCUCACCGGAAGAUAAGCCCAUCCGCUUGUCCCCCUCCAAGAUCACAGAGCCGCUGCGGGAGGGCCCGGAGGAAGAACCGCUGGCUGAGCGGGAGGUGAAGGCGGAGGUGGAGGACAUGGACGAGGGCCCCACAGAGCUGCCGCCUCUGGAGUCGCCGCUGCCACUGCCCGCCGCGGAAGCCAUGGCCACCCCCAGCCCUGCAGGGGGUUGUGGAGGUGGCCUGUUGGAGGCCCAGGCGCUGAGUGCCACCGGGCAGAGCUGCACGGAGCCCUCCGAGUGUCCAGACUUUGUGGAGGGGCCUGAACCACGGGUGGAUUCCCCGGGCCGGACAGAACCCUGCACUGCUGCCCUGGACCUGGGGGUGCAGCUGACACCCGAGACGCUGGUGGAGGCCAAGGAGGAGCCGGUGGAGGUGCCUGUGGCGGUGCCCGUGGUGGAGGCAGUGCCCGAGGAAGGCCUGGCGCAGGUGGCACCGAGCGAGUCCCAGCCCACCCUAGAAAUGUCAGACUGUGACGUGCCCGCCGGGGAGGGACGGUGCCCGAGCCUGGAGCCCCAAGAGGCCGUGCCUGUACCCGGCAGCACCUGCUUCCUGGAAGAGGCAAGCUCUGACCAGUUCCUGCCCAGUCUGGAGGACCCACUGGCUGGCAUGAACGCCCUGGCGGCGGCUGCAGAGCUGCCCCAGGCCAGGCCUCUGCCCUCCCCGGGUGCUGCUGGAGCCCAGGCCUUGGAGAAGCUGGAAGCAGCCGAGAGCCUUGUCUUGGAGCAGAGCUUCCUGCAUGGCAUCACCCUGCUGAGUGAGAUCGCAGAGCUGGAGCUGGAGAGGAGGAGCCAAGAGAUGGGAGGUGCGGAGCGGGCCCUGGUGGUGAGGCCCUCCCUGGAGAGUCUGCUGGCAGCUGGCAGCCACAUGCUGAGGGAGGUGCUGGAUGGGCCCGUGGUAGACCCGCUCAAGAACCUGCGGCUCCCGCGGGAGCUGAAGCCCAACAAGAAGUACAGCUGGAUGCGCAAGAAGGAGGAGCGGAUGUACGCCAUGAAGUCCUCCCUGGAGGACAUGGAUGCCCUGGAGCUGGACUUCCGGAUGCGGCUGGCCGAGGUCCAGCGCCAGUACAAGGAGAAGCAGCGUGAGCUGGUGAAGCUGCAGCGCCGCCGGGACUCCGAGGACAGGCGCGAGGAACCCCAUAGAAGCUUGGCACGCAGAGGCCCUGGCAGGCCGCGGAAACGGACCCACGCCCCGAGCGCCCUGUCGCCCCCCCGCAAGAGAGGGAAGAGCGGCCACAGUAGCGGAAAGCUGAGCAGCAAGUCUCUGCUGACAUCAGAUGACUAUGAGCUGGGAGCAGGGAUAAGAAAGAGACACAAGGGGUCUGAGGAGGAACACGAUGCCCUCAUCGGCAUGGGGAAAGCCAGGGGGAGAAACCAGACUUGGGAUGAACAUGAGGCCUCGUCCGACUUCAUCAGUCAGCUAAAGAUUAAGAAGAAGAAGAUGGCCAGCGACCAGGAGCAGUUGGCAAGCAAGCUCGACAAGGCUCUCUCCCUCACCAAGCAGGACAAGUUGAAGUCGCCCUUCAAGUUUUCGGACAGUGCUGGGGGCAAAUCGAAAACUAGCGGGGGCUGCGGCAGGUACUUGACUCCUUACGACAGCCUGCUGGGGAAGGACAGGAAGGCGCUGGCUAAGGGCCUCGGCCUGUCUCUGAAAUCCUCCAGAGAAGGUAAACACAAAAGGGCCGCCAAAGCCAGGAAGAUGGAGGUGGGGUUCAAGGCCAGAGGCCAGCCCAAGUCGGCCCAUUCCCCGUUCGCCUCGGAAGUGAGCAGCUACUCCUACAAUACGGACUCAGAGGAAGACGAAGAAUUCCUGAAGGACGAGUGGCCCGCCCAAGGCCCCUCCAGCUCCAAACUGACGCCUUCCCUCCUGUGUAGCAUGGUGGCAAAGAACAGCAAGGCAGCUGGCGGCCCCAAGCUGACCAAGAGGGGCCUGGCGGCCCCCCGGACUCUGAAACCCAAGCCGGCCACCAGCAGGAAGCAGCCGUUUUGUUUGCUGCUUCGAGAGGCCGAGGCGCGUUCCUCCUUCAGUGACUCUUCGGAGGAAUCGUUUGACCAAGAUGAGAGCUCGGAGGAGGAGGACGAGGAGGAGGAGCUCGAGGAGGAGGACGAGGCCAGCGGUGGCAGCUAUAGGCUGGGUGCCCGGGAGCGGGCCCUGUCGCCAGGCCUGGAGGAGAGUGGGCUGGGCCUGCUGGCACGCUUCGCCGCCAGCGCCCUCCCCAGCCCCACCGUGGGCCCAUCCCUGUCUGUGGUACAGCUGGAGGCCAAGCAGAAGGCCCGGAAGAAAGAGGAGCGGCAGAGCCUGCUGGGCACAGAGUUCGAGUACACCGACUCAGAGAGCGAGGUCAAAGUGCGCAAGCGGUCGCCUGCGGGGCUGCUCCGGCCCAAGAAGGGGCUGGGGGAGCCGGGACCCUCCCUGGCCACACCCACGCCUGGCACGCGCGGCCCCGGCCCCAGCAGCCCGGACAAGGCCAAGCUGGCGGUGGAGAAGGGGCGCAAGGCCCGGAAGCUGCGGGGCCCCAAGGAGCCUGGCUUUGAGGCGGGGCCCGAGGCCAGCGACGACGACCUGUGGACGCGGCGCCGCAGCGAGCGCAUCUUCCUGCACGACGCCUCGGCUGCUGCACCUGCGCCCGCCAGCACCGCACCCGCCACCAAGGCCAGCCGCUGCGCCAAGGGCGGCCCCCUGAGCCCGCGCAAGGACGCCGGGCGUGCAAAGGACAGGAAGGACCCCAGGAAGAAGAAGAAAGGGAAAGAGGCCGGGCCAGGAGCUGGGCUGCCGCCGCCCCGAGCUCCCGCCUUGCCCUCUGAGCCCAGGGCUCCUCACGCCAGCUCCCUGACCGCCGCCAAGAGGAGCAAGGCCAAGGCCAAAGGGAAGGAGGUGAAGAAGGAGAACCGCGGCAAGGGGGGCGCCGUGAGCAAGCUGAUGGAGAGCAUGGCAGCCGAGGAGGACUUUGAACCCAACCAGGACUCGAGCUUCUCUGAGGACGAGCACCUGCCGCGUGGUGGGGCUGUGGAGCGGCCGCUGACCCCGGCCCCUCGCUCCUGCAUCAUCGACAAGGACGAGCUGAAGGACGGCUUGCGUGUGCUCAUCCCCAUGGACGACAAGCUGCUGUACGCCGGGCACGUGCAGACCGUGCACUCGCCAGACAUAUACCGUGUGGUGGUGGAGGGUGAGCGUGGGAACCGGCCCCACAUCUACUGUCUGGAGCAGUUGCUGCAGGAGGCGAUCAUCGAUGUGAGGCCAGCCUCCACUCGCUUCUUGCCACAAGGGACCAGGAUUGCAGCCUACUGGAGCCAGCAGUACCGCUGUCUCUACCCAGGCACCGUGGUCCGAGGGUUACUGGACCUGGAGGACGAUGGGGACUUGAUCACCGUGGAGUUUGACGACGGAGACACGGGCAGGAUCCCCCUCUCACACAUCCGCCUCCUGCCCCCCGACUAUAAGAUCCAGUGUGCUGAGCCGUCCCCAGCCCUCCUGGUGCCGAGUGCCAAGCGCCGCAGCCGGAAGACCAGUAAAGACACUGGGGAGGGUAAAGAUGGUGGCACGGCUGGGUCGGAGGAGCCAGGAGCCAAGGCCCGUGGGCGUGGGCGAAAACCCAGUGCCAAGGCCAAGGGUGACAGAGCCGCUACCCUGGAGGAGGGGAGCCCAACAGAUGAGGUCCCCAGUACCCCCUUAGCCCUGGAGCCGAGCAGCACCCCAGGUUCCAAGAAGAGCCCCCCAGAGCCUGUGGACAAGCGAGCCAAGGCCCCCAAGGCACGCCCGGCACCACCGCAGCCCAGUCCCGCACCACCCGCCUUCACCAGCUGCCCAGCACCCGAGCCCUUUGCGGAGCUGCCAGCUCCUGCCACCACCCUGGCCCCAGCACCCCUCAUCACCAUGCCUGCCACACGCCCCAAACCCAAGAAGGCGCGGGCAGCUGAGGAGUCGGGUGCCAAGGGCCCUCGGAGGCCGGGGGAGGAGGCCGAGCUGCUUGUCAAACUGGACCACGAGGGUGUCACGUCACCCAAAAGCAAGAAGGCUAAAGAGGCCCUGCUGCUCCGGGAGGACCCGGGGGCCGGGGGCUGGCAGGAGCCCAAGAGCCUCCUGAGCCUGGGCAGCUAUCCCCCGGCGGCCGGCAGCAGCGAGCCCAAGGCACCCUGGCCCAAGGCCACCGACGGGGACCUCGCCCAGGAGCCCGGGCCGGGGCUCACGUUCGAGGACUCUGGGAACCCCAAGAGCCCGGACAAGGCCCAAGCUGAGCAGGACGGGGCCGAAGAGUCCGAGAGCAGCAGCAGCAGUAGUGGCAGCAGCAGCAGCAGCAGCAGCAGCGGCUCGGAGACAGAAGGGGAGGAGGAAGGCGACAAGAACGGGGACGGGGGCUGCGGCACCGGGGGCCGUAACUGCAGCGCCGCCAGCUCCAGGGCGGCCUCACCGGCCUCCUCCUCCUCCUCUUCCUCCUCCUCAUCCUCCUCUUCUUCCUCCUCCUCAUCCUCCUCCUCUUCCAACUCUUCCUCUUCCUCCUCCUCCUCCUCCUCUUCCUCUUCGUCUUCCUCCUCUUCCUCCUCCUCCUCUUCCUCGUCCUCAUCCUCCUCCUCCUCCUCUUCCUCUUCCUCUUCCUCCACCACAGACGAGGACUCUUCCUGCAGCUCAGACGAUGAGGCAGCCCCCGCCCCCACGGCUGGGCCUUCUGCGCAGCCGGCGCUCCCCACCAAGGCCACCAAGCAGGCCGGCAAGGCACGGCCCUCGGCCCACUCCCCAGGCAAGAAGGCGCCCGCCCCCCAGCCCCAGGCGCCUCCUCCACAGCCCACACAGCCUCUGCAGCCCAAGGCGCAGGCCGGGGCCAAGAGCCGACCCAAGAAGAGAGAGGGCGUCCACCUCCCCACCACCAAGGAGCUGGCCAAGCGGCAGCGCCUGCCGUCCGUGGAGAACCGGCCCAAGAUCGCCGCCUUCCUGCCAGCCCGGCAGCUCUGGAAGUGGUUCGGCAAGCCCACCCAGCGGCGUGGCAUGAAGGGCAAGGCCCGCAAGCUCUUCUACAAGGCCAUCGUGCGUGGCAAGGAGAUGAUCCGUAUCGGGGACUGUGCCGUGUUCCUCUCUGCCGGCCGCCCCAACCUGCCCUACAUCGGCCGCAUCCAGAGCAUGUGGGAGUCAUGGGGCAACAACAUGGUGGUCCGCGUCAAGUGGUUCUACCACCCCGAGGAGACCAGCCCGGGCAAGCAGUUCCACCAGGGCCAGCACUGGGACCAGAAGUCUAGCCGCAGCCUCCCGGCGGCCCUGCGGGUCUCUAGCCAGAGGAAAGACUUCAUGGAGCGCGCGCUGUACCAGUCCUCGCAUGUGGACGAAAAUGACGUGCAGACGGUGUCGCACAAGUGCCUGGUGGUGGGCCUGGAGCAGUAUGAGCAGAUGCUGAAGACCAAGAAGUACCAGGACAGCGAGGGCCUGUACUACCUCGCGGGCACCUACGAGCCCACCACGGGCAUGAUCUUCUCCACGGACGGCGUGCCCGUGCUCUGCUGAGCCCGCCGGGCUCCGCGAGCCACUGGCCACCUGUGCCCCGAGGGCGGCCAGGGACCCCUCUCCAUCACUGCCACGGCACGGAGACCACGUGCGUUGUGUGCAUGCGAGCGCUCCUGCAGGCGUGUGCAUGGGGCCAGGUGUGCACGUGGACGCCCGGGUGAGCGUGUGUGCAUGUGUGCGCCCGUGUGCAUGCACGUGUGUGCACGCAUGUGCACAUGCCUCCAGCCCCACCUUCCAACCCCUCAGUGCCCCCAGGACAGGGGCCCCUCUUAGCUAUCAGGGUAUGGCCCUGCCGUCCCCCUCAGGGCAGCCUUGGCCGGGACCGGCCCUUCCUGCCCAGCACGUUGCAAGCACUUGGCCAGGCCGGCCCUCCAGGCUGCUGCUGCGUGGGAGCCCGGGUGCCCCCAGGCCCAUGCAGACUGGGGGAGGGGCGCUUCUAAGGAACCAAACUGAUGCUCACUCUGGGCUUCCCGGGCACCCUUAGCACGGGGCCCACCCCAAGGCCUCCCACCGUGCAUGGGAUGGGGCGGCCCGAUGCCAGCCGGCCUACCUGACUGUGCCAGGGGCCCUGCCCCCACCCUCUCAGGAUGGCCUAGACUUGGGGAACAGAGCCGCGUGGGGUUGCAGCCCGGAGUAUCAAAGGCACCAGGUGGAGAGGGCCCGGCAAAGGCCCACCCUGGUCCAAACCCUCACACUACACAAAACCCCAAUGGUGCUGAAACCCUUGCCCGGCCACGCCCGGCCCCUCCCCACCCAGGAGGGAGGUGGCACUUCUUAACCUGUACAGUUUUAUUGUACCAAGAGACUCACCCUGCCCCUGUAUCAUAAGCCUUUAAAUGGAGUCAACUUUUUAAUUAUAUAUAUAAAGAUAAAUAUAUAUAAAUAUAUAUAAACUUUUUAAAACUGUGAAAAAUAGCUAUGAAAUUAUAAAAAAAAAAAACGAACACAUUCUGACGUGCAGAAUAUUAUUUUUUAUUUCCUGUUAGAUUGUAGUGUCUAGCACCGGCUUCACUGGCCUCCCGGUCCCCAGCACACCCCCCACCCACCCCGCCAAGUGUACUGUACUCGCCCCCCAGGAUAGAGAAGUGUUGUUAGGGAGAGAAGAGGGAGAGGCAGGAGCCGGCCCGAGCCCAGGGUCCCUGCUUGGGCCCCAGAAAGCACUUAACCAGGCCCCAAGCCUUCCAGGAAACCAAGGCCUCGGCCAGACAAUCUUGAGGGAAGGAAAAGCCAGACUUUGGGUUUGUUUUUUUGGGGGAAUUAUUUUUUUUUUAAGUAAGUUUCUUUUGGAAUUUUGUUUGUUGGCAAAUUCUGUGUGAUCUUUUUUCAUAAAAAAAAGGAAAAGAUUUAAUUGGAAAAAUAAAA